AGCCCUCUCCGGGCGCGGGCCGCUGGUUUGCCCGGGGGCAGGCGAGCCGCGGCGAAGGGCACCCUGGUGGAAAGCGGACGCGAGGCGCUGUGGCAGGGGAGAGGGACGAGCUGCCCUUCGUUGUCAGCCAGGAGCGAGGACACGGCGACGCUGCCAUCCGGCUGCCCGCGAUCACUCGGCGGCCGACAUGUCAGCCGCCGGCGCCCGAGGCCUGCGGGCCACCUACCACCGGCUCCUGGAUAAAGUGGAGCUGAUGCUGCCCGAGAAAUUGAGGCCGUUGUACAACCACCCGGCAGGUCCCCGCACAGUUUUCUUCUGGGCUCCAAUUAUGAAAUGGGGACUGGUGUGUGCUGGAUUGGCUGACAUGGCAAGACCUGCAGAAAAACUCAGCACAGCUCAGUCUGCUGUUUUGAUGGCUACAGGGUUUAUUUGGUCAAGAUACUCCCUCGUAAUUAUUCCAAAAAAUUGGAGUCUGUUUGCUGUUAAUUUCUUUGUGGGGGCAGCAGGAGCCUCUCAGCUCUUUCGCAUUUGGAGAUAUAACCAAGAACUAAAAGCUAAAGCAAACCAAUAAAAGAGUUCCUGACCACCUGAACAAUCUAAAUAUGGACAUAACCACUGGGACCUAUUUGAUUAUUGAUAAGGCAAUGCUAACUGUGCUAAAUUUUAGAGGGCACACAAAAAAAUUUAACUAACUGGUAGCUAGUGCUUGAUUCAACAGAAAAAUAAAGGAAACUUUUAAUAACAGUCUCUCUUUAAA